GGAAGGAAAACUGCGGGCCCAGUGCGCUGAUCGGAUGGAGUCCUCUCUCCUCACGGCACGCGUGUGAGGGGCUCGGCAAAAGGCAUUUAAAGUAGUUUAGCAUGCUAAGUACCAAUCGCGACUUGGUUGUACUCGUCCUGCUAAAACAACAGCCAAACACCAGACACUGGGGAGAAAUCUUGCACCUCAUAACCUAGAUAGUAGACGUCUACUGGACAUGACACCCGAGAUUUCAUUUGAUCAACUCCCGCUGAAGAAGGAGGGGCCGUUUGGAAAUGCGUGGGGACGAUUCGGCGCCACGGACCAGCUGGGCACGCUGAAUCUGCUCACGCCAGACGUUGUCGCCGAUGCGGCGAAGGAGAUCAAGACCGGCGACCGCGUCUCGCUGGACUGGAGACUGAACAUGCCGUCUGCGCCCAUGUUUGGCAGGCAGGCAUUUGUGCACGAGAUCCGGAACAAGGCGCCGAGGACGGUCAACGACGACGUGCUCCACUUCAACACGCAGUGCAGCACGCAGUGGGAUGGUCUCAGGCAUUACGGGUACCAAGAGGCAAAGGUAUUCUACAACGGGGUCACGCAGAAGGACAUUGAGAGCAGCAACUUGCUUGGUAUUGACGUCGUCGCCGAGAACGGAGGCGUGGUCGGCCGCGGCGUCCUCCUCGACUACGUUGCCCACGCCGAGAAGCACGGCCUGCCUAUCACGCCGUUUGAGUCGCGCGACAUCCCCAUCUCCGUCAUCAAGGACAUCGCCAGGGAGCAGGCCGUCUCCUUCCGCCCCGGCGACAUCCUCUUCGUCCGCUCGGGCUUCGUGCGGGCCUACGAGGCACUAUCGGACGCCGAACGCGCCGCGCUCGCGGAGCGCCCUUCGCCAGACUUCGCGGGCGUCCAGGCCGGCCACGACACCCUGCGCUGGCUGUGGGAGAACCAGUUCAGCGCCGUGGCCGGCGACGCAAUCGCCUUUGAGCGCGCGCCCGUGUCGGGUCCUCACGCCGCCCAGGACACGCUGCAUCAGUGGCUGCUCGCCGGCUGGGGGUGCCCCAUAGGCGAAAUGUUCGACCUCGAGAAGCUUGCAGAAAAGUGUCGACAGCUGGGCAGGUGGACCUUCUUCGUCAGCAGCGUGCCGCUGAAGGUGCCUGGCGGCGUGGCGAGCCCACCGAAUGCCGUGGCCAUCUUCUGAUACGAUCCAGUUUCGCCGAGUGCUGCGGCAAGGCAUACCAUCGCACUGUUUCUAAACCCUCCUCUGAUCUAAGAUAUGCAUACAGGUGCUGGCUGGCAGUGGAGAGCCAGGAGCGAAACGUGUGGAGUGCUGUCAUCCUAGGUCCGACUACGUACAUACGUACGAACAGAAAACUGAUAAGCAAAAGCGCUUCUCAAAUACA